AUGGUGACCCAAACUGUAAACCCCCCGACCGUUGAUGGUUACCGUGAUUCAGACGAUGAGUUCAGCUCAGAUGAUCAAGUGUUUCACGUUGAUGAGCGCUCUGGACGGUCUUGGCCAACCAAGAUUCUCCAUAAUGUUAUCCAGCCUAUCAAACCAAAACUGGUAGAGAUUGGAAAGGUUUCAUCUGCUGAUCCUACGCGAUGCAAGCCUUCCAGGGGAGCGAGGAAGAGAUGUGAUGUUCAAGAGAACAAGGUUGAGGGAAUUUGGACCUAUGAUAUGACUCCGAAGACUUCUGAUGGAGAAAAGAGGUCCUAUGCCAGGAGGAUAUUGUAUUUUGCGGGAGGCGGAUGGCAAGCCCCUCCCAGUGGCCAACAUUGGACUUUCUGCGCAGAGAUGAUAAACCGCCUGCAGGAUACUAGACUUACACUCGUCUCGUAUCCCCUAGCACCCAAAGAUCCCGUUCAAGACGCGUUCCCAGCCAUCUGCAAGACCUACAAUGUCUUGUUGAAGCAAUCAUCUGACCUUGGAGAGAGGGUGAUCGUUGCAGGAGAUAGCUCAGGAGGCAACAUCGCCCUAUGUCUGGUGACUUGGACAAUGAGAGAUCAGGAUGUACAAGCCGUUCGACCUCCAUCUGCAAUCCUCGCAAUCACUGCCACUACUGAUCUACGUCAUAAUCAUCCCGACAUCAAAGAGGUGGACAAGUUUGAUCCAAUCCUGAGCGAGUCCUCUAUCAACGAAACCGCCGGUGCAUGGGCUCCCGGUCACACAGACGUAAGUCAACAAAACGGUACAAACGCCAGAGGCACAAACAGGAAUGAAACACUCGACUGGUCCGCCAAUGAUCCCCGAGUUUCACCCAUCCAUGCCGACCUGGGUGUCUGCGUCAGGAACCACGUCAAGAUCCAUGGAUUUACCACUGGUAUUUCCAACAUGACCAGUUUGGAUGAACACAAACGCCCGUUGCCAUCCCACCCUGUUCAUCUUCGUCAUCUCAAACGUACCACCCUCCUCUAUUCACACAAUUCCCCCAACACUACCCAUCACCACUCUACACCAACAGAUUCAUCAUCAGCUCGCCUUUGUAACCCCAAUAUGCCUGGUAGGGACCCCGGGAUAUCUUAUGACUCUUCCCCUGACCCCAAACAAAUGGCUGGUGUCCUGUGCCCUAAGUGCACUACGACUGAGAAGGAAGUUUGGGUCAUUCCUGGCCACUCCUGUCCCUAUUGCGGCAACGUGAUUCGUGUCUCUAAGAACUCGACGAUCUCGACUUUCAAUAUGGUCGAGCGAUAG